AUGGAAGACGACCAGGAGCUGGCGAGAAAAGUAUCUGGACUGAAGACCUCAAUGGCUGAGGGCGAGAGGAAGACAGCCCUGGAAAUGGUCCAGGCAGCUGGAACAGGUAGACACUGUGUGGCACGUGUAUUACACAAGGAGAACCAAACCCUAGGAAAUUCUCUUCAUUACAUGAUCAUGAAGAACCUGGAAGUGGAAUUUUGUGGUUACACUACAACCCAUCCUUCAGAGAGUAAAAUUUAUUUACGCAUUCAGACUCGAGGUGCUCUUCCAGCUGUUGAACCAUUUCAGAGAGGCCUGAAUGAGCUCAUGAAUGUCUGCCAACAUGUGCUUGACAAGUUUGAGGCAAGCAUAAAGGAAUAUAAGGACCAGAAAGCAUGCAGAAAUGAAUCCACAUUCUAGUCCCUUAUUCACUCUA